CACAAUCGUUUUAGUGUUAUUUAGGCUUAAAAUUCUUACAUAAAUUAGGUCAUGGUUACAUUGAGUAACAGCUCCAUAGACAGGCACUGGCAGUUAGCUAUUUGCUAAAGCAUCGGCUGGGCUAGGUGGCUACAUCCAGAGUCCUCCAGCAGUUGACAUGGGCUGCAGUUUCCGUGUUUGUUUGCCAGUGUUCGGAUAGGUUUUUGUGACAUAUAGGGCUUGUUGUAGUGUAGACUGUACUAACCGACCGUCGAAGGAGUCUGUGUUCCAGUUUUUUCGUGAAAAAUGAAGAGAAAAAAGGACAUUACGUCCUAUUUCUACAAGAAAAAGACACAGAAUGGUGCAGACAUUGAGACAGAGUCAGAUGAUGGUGGUGAGAGAGCUGAAGAGGAGCAAGUUGAGAGCGCCACAGAAGGAGAGUCAGGGGACAUGGGAGACGUUGAUUUUCAGAGAGAGGGCCCAGAGCAGCAGAGAGAGACAGAUGAAGAUCCUGAGGGUGAGGAAGCUGAGACUGAGAUAGAGGCGGAGUGUGAGACACAGACAGAAAAUAUUUGUGCAUCUACAAGCACUGGACCAUCAGACAUCAGCAAAGGUAAACAAGACCCACCAAUGCAGCCGGACCUAAAGAUUUUUCCAAGGACCCUGAUGGGGGACAGGAGGAGGAGCUUCAAGGCAGCCUGGUACCACAUCCACCCCUGGCUUGAAUAUUCCAAACAGUUGGACUCUGCGUAUUGUUACGCUUGCAGACAUUUUAGCCCUCCUAAUAGCCAAGACACAGUCUUUGACUCACCAGUUGGCUUCAAAAACUGGAAGAAAGCAUGUUACAAAACAGGAGGGUUUGCAUUGCAUGCAAGGUCUGAGCGGCACAAGCAAGCCAUGGUUACGUGGAGGGACUAUCAGAGAGCUGCAGCAGCUAAUGCAACACUGGCCAAUGCCUUAAAUAAGGAGCACAACAGACAGAUCAACGAAAAUCGGGCAUACAUAAAAACAAUAGGGGAAGUGUUGUUACUCACUGCCACUCAAAACAUGGCUCAAAGAGGUCAUGAUGAGUCUGCAGACUCGGAUAAUAAAGGGAAUUUUAAAGCAAUUCUCGACACAAUCGCAAACCAUGACAGAGCUGUUAAGAAAAGGUUGACCUCAAUUCAUAAUGCAAAAUACACAAGCAAAAUGAUUCAGAAUGAGGUUCUGGGUUGUUUAGCAGACAUGGUUCGAACUGAAAUUACAGAAGAAGUGAAAAACAGUGAAGUUUUCAGCAUCAUAGCAGACGAAACAAAAGAUGUGAAGAAAAAAGAACAGAUCUCAAUCGUACUAAGGUACUACUACAGUGGAGCUAUCCAGGAAAGUUUCCUCCAUUUUGAAUCCACAGAGAAGCUCGAUGCAGCAGGGCUUAGUGAGAAAAUAAUCCAAAUCCUGGAAAAUCAUGGUCUAGAGUACAAAAAGAACCUUGUAGGCCAAGCUUAUGACGGGGCUUCUGUUAUGAGUGGGAAGCAUUCCGGGGUACAGGCGAGAAUCAGAGAGAGAGCAAAAUAUGCCUUCUACAUCCAUUGCACUGCCCACUGUCUAAAUUUAGUUCUAGUAGAUACAGUCAAAGCUAUCCCAGAAGUAGAGGAGUUUUUCUACUUACUAGAAAAACUGUAUGUGUUCACAUCUGGAUCAGCUGUCCAUCCUAAAUGGCUGGCCAUACAAAGAGAGAUGUACAAAGGUGCACCAAGAGAGCUCCAGCGUUUAAGUGACACUCGUUGGGCAUGUCGAUUUAUAGCUCUACGUAACAUUAUGGAUCGACUGCCUGCCCUUAAGCGACUCCUGCAAGAGAUAGCUCAAGAACGUAAUGGUGAAAAAUCUGUUGAGGCUCGAGGUCUGUUGGCACAGAUAGAUUUUGAAUUCACAGUGCAUCUUGUUACGCUUCGUAAAGUGUUUGGAGAAACAAAACUUCUCUCUGAUAUGCUACAGUCUUCAACACUUGACAUUUCAAAAGCUGUAGAUUUGGUUGAUGCUUUAGUUAAGACAUUGAAUGAUUUCAGGCAGGAGUCGUUUUUUGAUGAUGUGUGGGAUGAAGUGUUAAAUGUCUUUGAACAGUGUGAUCCAACACCACCAGCUGCAAAACGACAAAAAACGCUAAGCUCUAAACUCAGCCAGCACUGUGUACUUACCACUCUUGGGCAGAGAGAGUCCGAAAGAGAUAAAGAUGGGUUCCGUACAAACUUUUUCUACCCUGUCAUUGAUCUUAUGCUCAGUGAGCUUCAAAGACGAUUUUCAAGUAAAAACUGUGAAAUCAUGAAUAGCAUUCCAGCUCUAAAUCCACAAAAAGACACCUUCCUUAAAGAGAAAGAUCUAUUUUCAUUUGCACAACUGUAUGAUUCAAAUAUUGAUGACCUGGGGCAUGAGCUACAUCAGUUCAAAAGAAUCUUGGAAAGAAAAAUCCAGGCUGGGAUGCAGAGACCCUCGAGUACAGUACAGCUUGUACAGUUCAUUGAGCCAUACAAAGAAGUUUUUUUUGAGCUCUACAGACUCUGUAAAAUAGCGGUUGCAAUCCCAGUAAGCACUGCUGCUUGUGAACGGAGUUUUUCCACAUUAAAGCUUGUGAAAACCUACCUCAGAUCCACUAUGAAUGACGACAGAUUAAGCAAUCUGGGUGUCCUUAGCAUCGAGUCGAGGAGGGCAAAAGCACUGAGUCUCGACUCAUUUGUUGACCGGUUUGCCCGGAAUCACCAAAACCGCAGAAUACAGUUGCUGUAAUAGUAGGGCAGCCUCUUAUCAGUGGUUUAACAAGUUUUAUUAAAAUAAAAAGUCAAACAAGAUUUCGAAUCUUUGUCUUUUUUGCUGCGGGUUUAAUGUGCCCCUCUAUCAAAACCCCUGGCCCCAGCCAGGCCCCCUCAGUGAAAUUGGUCUAGAACCGCCACUGGUCUCGGGUGCUACGUCCAUGUCUUAUACAGUCUGUGGCAAAAACCCCUGUUUCACCUGCUUUUGUUCCUUCUGCACCUUUGUUUCUUUUCUUAAAUUUGGGGCAGUUUAUUGCUGCACUGACUGUUCUGAAAAUUGCUUUUCUGUUAGACUGUUUUUUAUUUGUUGCCUACUUUGCUGUAUUUCAUGGAUUUCAUUGUGUUUUUAAAUGUUCUAUUUCUUUUAAUUUCCUUGCUUUUUGUAAAAUACUUCGAAGUGCCUCAGUGUUUAAAAUGCGCUGUACAAGUGAAGUUUCCCUGCCUUGUUUAUUUGUGUGGUUUUGUUGUGAUAUUACACAGAAGUGCCAUUACAUCUAUGUUUCCCUGAAAUCCAACUUUACUUUAUCUCCAGCUUGAAUGUGACAAAAAGGGCACAGGGCUUU